UUGUUUUUAGUAUAAUAUAGUCUGGAAAAAAGUGUUAUAUAUAUAAAAUCUCGAAAUUAAAAUGUUUUUCUCCAAAUCUCGUGAUGAAUUUCUUAUCAAAAGAAAUGUAGAAAUUGGAUCUUCUAAAUGGAAAAUCAAAUUAUUUUCUGGGAAGAUCAUCUACGUAUUAUUGUUGAUUUUCUACAUUCCGUUUUUCAUACUAAGUGUCAGUACGUGGGUUAAACUCAUUUUAUCAAACAAAAUCAAGAUAUUCGUGAAUCGCGAUAAACAAAAUGGAAGAGGAAAACUGGGCAUAGCCAGCAGGCGACAUAAGAUCACAGAUAUGACAGCAGUAGAUCCAAAAGAUGAGCUCGAUUUUCUUGUAAAUAGAAGCUUUGCAUAUAUUUGGAGGAUGUGUUUCUGGACUCCCCAGGAACUAACUCUUUUUUUACUCAAAGAACAAAAAAUCAAGCUUAUAUCAGAUGGUCAACUGGCUUACGUCGUUUUAUGCACUGUUUUCGGACAUUCAGUACGAUGGGAUGAAGAAAGGAAUAUGUUCAGACUGAGAAUGGAUGGAUUAGAAGACAUACAACUGUUUGAGGGCUUCUGCUGGGAUGCAAGAGAGAUUUUUGUGAGCGAAGACUGCAAGAAGAUCAUCAUAAAGAUGAACGAAGAGGACGAGUAUCAUUCCGAUUGUCAUCCUGACGAGCGACAUAACUUUGAUCUUGCGAAAUUGCAUGCUCAGGUUUGCUUAUCCUUCAUGGGCCCAGGACUUUCUCACAAUGAUGUACAUUUCAUUUUCCCAAGCACAAUGGCAGUUAUGUCGAAACAACAUCUAGAUCAUAAUGGAGUUCUGUUCAAACUUUUGUCUCCGCAUUUUCGAUUUACUGAGAGAAUUAAUUUUCAGGCUCUCCGAGUACAAAAAGCGACGAAUAAUAAAAGAUCAUUAGAUCGACUCUUCUUUCAUUGGCAACCAUUUCCAGUGACCAAGGAGAUAUUCCGUGACGCUAUUGCGAAGAAAUGCAAAGAAUACUACUUAGUCGAAGGAGCGAAAGAAUGCGAAGCUACAGAAGAAAUCAUAUCUUCUGACGAAAAUGAUGCGAGAUAUGAAAAUGGAGAUUCCGAUAAUACAACAGAGUCGUUGAACCGUGAGAAAGGGAAAAAAUCUAGCAAAAGAACACACAUGAUUUUUCCUCCUGAUUUUGUCACGGAUAAGAGCCGUCGAAAGGUGCCAUACCUCAAUUUUCUUUACCAAUACUACAAAGUCAUCCGACGUUAUGUUCAAGACUUGUCACCUUUUAUUGACAGGGAGGAAUGGAAAAAAUUCAGCUCAGAAGUUGCAAACUAUGUUCCGAGAUUUGACAAAGUUGAAAUGGUAGAGGCAAUUACUUCGUUCAUUUUAAAGGUUGGAGUAGUGCAUUACUGUGAUCAUGGCAGCUACACUCGUUAUUUUGCCUACCCAUACGCUUGCAUGUCUAUGAGAGCUCCGUUUGGAACCCUAGAAAACGAAGAAACUUGGAGUGAAAUUGAAACUGAUCUGAAAAUCACUCGGGAUGCUGUAAAAUUGAGUCCAUUGGCUCUUAUACAAUCACAGGAUGUCUUGCGAACAAGGAGCUUUCUCAACAUAUUUGUGGACUUUGUUGGAAAUCCAGAUUGUGAUUUAUUCCUACCUGGCACUGAUUAUGGAUUCCAGAAACCUGGACCGCAAAUGGCGGAAAAAGUUUUUAAAAAAAGAUUGAGAGAAUUGGACGACAAAUUACGGGCGCAAUCGAAUAUCGUGUCUUUUCUGGAGCCUGAAUUUGGUGAAGUACGAGCUACAGGAAUGCAGAUCGAACCUUUGGAUGAAAUUGUCAGAUCUGUCUGCUUUUAAGCCUGUAUAAAUCGUGAUUCAUUGAAGACUUUUGUAUAUAUAAAAACAUUAUCGUAUAGUCAAUUAGUGUGUUUUCUUUUUCUGGAUAUAUUUUGAGUAAUAGCAAAUAGGAGAGACUUUACUUGGAUUUCGAAGUAAAUUUGAGCACAAAAAAAUGGGGUAAAAGUGACAUUAACUUUUUUAACAUCCAAUGUUAUUAAUUACGCGCGUAAAAUAUUUUAGUCAUUAAUAUUAUUUACUCAUAUUGUUUUUAUUGAAUAUUAUUACUCAUAGUUAUUUUUCAAUUCCAAUGAACUAUGUAACAAUUAUUCGACAAUGAAACAAUUAUUUCACUUUUUCACAUCAUUCCUGUUUAUUUAUCACUUAAAAUAUAUGAAAGUAAUGAUUUAUGUCCGAGGAAAUGAACUGGAACAAGGUGGUAAAGGCAUCAUGAAAUAUUAGCAUUGAAAUUUUUGUCACACAAAUAUAUCUUUACGUGCGCUAUGUCAUACGCAACGGCUGAAAUUUACCAAGUUGGCAUUCUGAGUAAAAGAUCUCACUUUUAAACCCCAUAUCCACCGCUUAACUUGAAAUGAAAACAUGCGUUAUAGGUCCUACAGACAUUGAUUGUGUGGACUCUUAUGUGGAACGAAUCUAUGAAAUACUGUGGCACCUUAUUUAAUUCUAUUUUGCCAAACUAUAUUUUGGGUGGUGUUAGAUAGAUGGAAGCAUAAUUUUCGGAAACAUUAUCUGGUACUAUUGGUUAGUUUCAGUUUAUCUGAUUUUUUUUGCUAGUGUAUAGCUGAUGGAAUAAAGUAAUGUCUCGCGCAUAAACUAACAACAAAAAACACAUGCUCCCCCUGCCGCCGACAUCAUUGUGACGGAACAAUAGCUAUUUCUACCCAUGUAUUGGUAUCUUCGGUUACAUCACAGGGAUUCUUUCUAUAAUCUUGCGCGAGAUUAACUUCCUCUUUAUGAAUUCUUUUUUGCGCUUCUGGUUUCAACCGUUCAAUACGAUGGGGUUCGACGGAGCUUGGAGAAUAGCGCAGGAGUUCGGAAAGCUCUCAAAGAUUAAGAACCACUGUGCUAAGAGAUUCCCAAAGCUGCUGAACAACUAUGCAAUCAUAGAAAAUUUGGUUUCAACAUUAGAUUUACGGAAAUCACAUACCUCUGAUGAAACAAGUUUGAAUUUAUGUAAUCUAUCGUUUAGUAUUAUGGCACCAUGGAACAUCUUCGCAUGAAAAGCUCGCAACUUAGUUUUAAUAGUGUAAUAAAAAAUAUCCAUAUAUAUUUUAUUUCAAAAAAAAUCAUUCUCUACAAAAAUUAGAUCGGCUCAUUUUUUUCUUGGUAUAUCAGGGCCUUUUUAAUGUUGACAAUGAUCUAUAUUUCAUUAUGCGGAACAAGGAAGUAAUUACAAAAGCCAUUAUGAUUUCAUUUAUCGUGAAAUGCAAUACAAUUUAUAUUAGGUUCAGAUUUGCAAACCUGUCUGAUUUUUAUAAUAGAGAAGAGCGCGAUAACAACAUUUCCCCUCAACUAAAUUCCAAGCAGAUAUUUUACUCACACCCUAAUUCGUUUACAAAACCUUUGAACCAGUGUCGGCCAAUAAUCGAAAAACCGUUUGCUUGACUAUAAACAAACGGUAGAUAUAUGUAUAUAUUUUUUUCGAAAAAUGCCGAAAAAACCUUAUAUAUAUAUAUAUAUAAAUAAUUCGAGAACAUUAUUAUUGUGGUUUAAAUGAAUGUAUUUAAUUUCACAAAUGAAUCUGAU